AUGACACCUUUAGAGCUCCGCCAACUGAAAGUGGCCUCAGCGGAGUUUCAUCGUGAGCAACUUUUAGCGGCGGUUGGAGGAGGCAAGAAGGUAGACAAGCGUCAUGGCGAAGGGAGUUCUGGGGUAAAUCGCGACACUCAUCGUGACGAUAAUGUGGAGGACGGGGUUGAUGGAGAGGAUCGCGAACGGCACGGUGGUGCAGUAGGGGACGAUGGCGAUGAUGAUGGUGGUGCUCGCGCAGAUGGUGACGAGGAUGAGGCGGAUGAGGAGAUGGUGGCGGCCGACGAAGAGAAGGACGAGGAAGCGGAGGGGGAUGCCGAGGAGGAAGAGGAGGGGGAUGCCGAGGAGGAAGAGGAGGGGGAUGCCGAGGAGGAAGAAGGGGAUUCGGAGGAGGGGAGCGGUGACGACUCCGAGGAGGAGGUGUACACCGGUGACGGAGAGGAGGCGGAGGACGACAACGCUGAGGACUACGACGAUUUGGAAGAGGAAGGGAUGGAGGAUACAGAGGGAGAUGGGGGGGAGAGAGCUAAGAGGAGACGGGGUGGAAAUGGGAAGGGUAAGAAGGCAGCAGGCGGUCGAGGUGGGGGGGGGAAAGGGGGCGGCCGGGGGAAAGGGGGUGGGCGAGGGAGAGGGAGGGGGCGUGGUAGUUCCGGUGUUCGAGGGGGAGGGCAGAUUCGGAGGGAAGACACUUCCGAGGAUGGUGUUGCCACCCCAUCCGUGCACUCUAAUGCCACACCACCCAAGCCCAAGGUUCUAACGGGGUACGUCACCCGAUGUUUUGAGAAGAUUCCUGACCAUCCGAAGGAGAAGCGUCGAUGUCGCAAGUGCAAUAUGGAGAUCUCCUUUGCCGGAACCAACUGCACGACCGACGGGACUCACAUGCAGGGGCAGCACCUCAACCACUGGAUCAUAUGGUUGCGGAAGUUCCAUGGUGGGGAGGUGGGCCAAAACGACCACUUCCCAGAGGGGGGGUAUGGGAUUGACGACGAGGUUCUGGACGGGGGCAUGAAAUGGUUUUGCAAUAUGAUGGCGGCCGCCAAUCCCGAGUGUGCCGUGGAGAAAGUAAUUCCCUCGCGCUCCACCCUAGCCCGCCAAAUCAUCCGCCUGGCAGGGCUGGCAAGGAUCAAGCUCAUGGAGAUGCUUGCUGCUGACGGGGUAGGGGCUGUUGCACAUACGCAUGACAUAUGGACCGGUGAGAAUCACCGGUCGUGUAUAUCAGUGACAGGUCACUUCGUGAAUGAGAAGUUUGAGCUCAUGCAGAUAACCCUCGACUUCCGUGCUAUGCCCGGCAAGCACACUAGCGCGAGGAUCAUCGAGGUGCUGCUCGAUGUGGUGAAGGAGUGGAACUUGGAGAAGCCGUGCAUUGCUGUGACAUCCGACAACGCGUCGGCCAAUGUCGCAGCGAUGGAGUUCCUUUGCCGUGGGGGGCCAACCGACCGUCAGCCGCCCUUGUUCUUCUCCGGGAUGCACUGUGUGCGCCUUCUCUUGCAAUCAUGCAACCCGAACACCAGGUGCAUGGGCCACAUUUGCAACCUAGCAAUCCAGCUAGGGCUGAAGACAGUGCUCGAUAUCAAGGAGCCGCUAGGGAUCGUUAGAGACCUAGCGUCCUUCAUUGGGUUAUCGCCCAAGAGGACAACCCUGUUCGAGAAGAUCCAGAAGCGUGCUGAUGAGAAGGCCAUGAUAUUGCGUCUUCGCGGGGACAAUGAGGCAAUUCUCACCGCCAAGGAUGUCAAACGCCUCCAGGCCCUCACCCUCUCCUCGGAACAGUGGUUGGCUUUGGAAGAGCUUGCAGCCUUCCUUAAGCCAUUCCAUGCCGUGAGCCUCGCCGCUGAGGGGUCCAAGUACCCCCACGAUCUCCAGGGGGUCAUGAAGGACUGCAUCACUAAGGAAGAGGAGAAGCUGAUGGAGUACUGCUCGAGCAGCAGUGAUGAGCUUUGGGUUGCCGCCUUUCUUGACCCAAGCUUCAAGAUCGGGUACUUCGAGAUGGAUGGUGAGGGGGGAGAGGAGAGUGAGAGGCCGGGGGGGGUACAGCAUGUUGUAGCGGAAAGGGUGCUCGCCUUGGUACGGGCGAAGUUGGUACCGUACAAGGCAAAGGCGGUGGCGGCCAGGGAGAAACGAGAGAGGGCAGAGGGGGCUGGUCAUGGUGCACGCGGAAGGGGAGGGGGGAAUUCAUCAGGAGGGAGCUCCUCUGGCCGGGGGGGUGGAGUUGGCAGAAAGGGGGGUGCUGCAGGCGGCCGCCCAGCCAUCGAUUCAUUCGGUGGUGUAGACGGGGAUAGACGGAGCUUGAGGGCAAGAUUAGAGGAGUACCGUAGCCGCCAGGAGGAGUCCGUCAGGGACGAGUCCUGGGUGGACUUGAACACAGGGUGCAAGUUGGGGAAGGCGGCGGCGAAACUGCUAGAGCUGGCGGAGGCAUAUGCCGUAGGGGUGGAGAUGGAUGAAGAACAGCCGAAGUGA